AUGCCCAGCUACGCCAUCCUAGGCUCGACCGGCAACUGCGGUACCGCCCUGAUUCAGAACCUUCUGAAGCGGCCCGACGUGCACAUCAACGCCUACUGCCGCAACAAAGCCAAACUCCUGCGACUCGUGCCCGCAAUCGCCGACAACGAACAAAAGGUGACGGUCUUCGAGGGCAGCAUCCACGACGAGAAGCUGCUGGCCGCCUGCAUGCGCGACUGCCGCGCCGUCUUCCUCGUCGUCUCCACCAACGACAACGUCCCUGGCUGUCGGCUGGGGCAAGACACGGCCACAGCCGUCAUCCACGCCCUUCAAGCCAUGAACCAAGCUCCCAAGGUCGUCCUGCUCUCGUCCGCCACCAUUGAUGACCACUUCUCGCGCCACGUCCCCUUCCUACUGCGGCAGGUCCUUCUUCGCUCAGCAUCGUUCGUGUAUAACGACCUGAUAGAGACGGAGCGUAUUCUCCGCGCCGAGGCGGCGUGGUUGACGACUAUUUAUGUCAAACCAGGCGCGCUGUCGGUGGAUGCACAGCGUGGUCAUGCGUUGAGUCUCACGGAGGAGAAUAGUCCAUUGUCGUACCUGGAUCUGGCGGCCGGGAUGAUCGAGGCCGUGGAUGAUCCAGAUGGGCGCUACGAUAUGCGCAAUGUUAGUGUGGUGAAUACAAAUGGCCGGGCGAGGUUUCCCUGGGGCACGCCCAUGUGUAUUCUUACGGGGCUGGUGCGGCACUUCUUUCCGUUUAUGCAUCCGUAUUUGCCGUCUACGGGGCCUGGCUAG